AUGGAUCUUGGUGGCCAACACACCUGGUUCAGUUGUGAUGACUUUGAUAUACCAACCUAUAAGUCCAUCAGUUGCAACACUGAAAAAUGUAGAAAGUAUAAAGGCUAUGAUUGCAUGAACUGCGCUCUUCUAAUCCCUGUCCCACCACGCUGCAUUAACAAUGGAUGUGCUGUCACGUAUGCCAAUCAAUUCGCUGCUCAAGAUAUUAAUAACAGCUUAGCAGAGGAUGCCUUGUUUGUCGAGUCUACAAAUGGUGUAUCAGUUGGAUUAACCUACAAGUCCCCUGAACCGUUUCCAUUUUCAUGUUCCGAUCUCUUGGAUAAUCUAGCCAGUGGAACCAAAGGUAUGAUAGGCCUCGUAAAUACAACUACAUCCUUGCCUGCACAUAUGUCAAGCCAGUUCAAUUUACCUCAUAAAUUUGCUCUUUGUUUGCCCUCUAGUCCUAUACACGGCCACAUGUUUGUAGGCGGAGGGCCAUACAUAUUUCCACCAUACUAUAAAAACAUUGCUAAGAAAUUGAUCACCACAAAACUUGUCAGUUACCCUGUUGACACUGACAAAAUUAACAUUAUAACUGACCCUUACGACGAAUAUUUUGUAGAUAUUAAAUCUAUUAAUAUCGAUCAGAAACUUGUCCCUCUUAAUGCUUCUUUACUAUCCAUCAACAAAGAUGGCUUCGGGGGUACUACAUUUAGUACCCUAUCUCCUUUCACAAGUUUACAGACUUCCCUCUAUACGGUUUUCGUUACUGCUUUUACUGAGGCUGCAGCUCACAGGAAGAUGAAAGAGUAG